AUGGCACAACCAUUUGAAGACUGGUAUAAAAAUUUACCAAUUGUUACAAAAAUAUAUAUGACAGGAUGUGUCGUUACAGCAGUAAGUGUAUAUCUUGGUGUUGUAGGCCCAUUAAGAUUAUAUUUAAAUUUCCCACUUGUAUUUAGCAAGUUUGAAGUUUGGAGAUUAGUUACAAAUUUCUUUUUCUAUGACGAGAUAGGGAUGAACUUUUUUUUCCAUAUGUAUUUUUUAGUUAGACAUAGUAGAUUAUUAGAAGAAUCAUCAUUCAGAGGCAGAUCUGCCGAUUAUCUUUUCAUGUGGAUAUUUGGAUCAGUUUUAUUAUUAGUUAUGAAUGCAUUUUUAUUUUAUACCAAAAUUACUACCAAAGUAUUAUUUUUAGCACCAUCAAUAGCAUUCAUGGUCAUUUAUGUUUGGAGCAGAAGAAAUCCAAAUAUGCACAUUAGUUUUUUAGGUUUAUUCACAUUUAGUGCACCAUACCUUCCAUGGGUUAUUUUAAUAAUGGGUUAUUUAUUCAAACACGAUUUAACUACAGAUAUUUUAGGUGCAGUUGCAGGUCACAUUUAUUAUUUCUUGGAGGACAUGUACCCACUUGUCAGUAAUAGAAGAAUUUUAAAAACACCCCAAUUUUUGUAA